AUGUUUCCUGAAAAGAGAGACCUCUCGUAUUUCCUCCCCUUCGGCCCCGCGCCGAGCCUGAGCACGCUACCGUCCGACGCGGGAUUCGGCGGGAGCCGCGAAGCCGGCGUUACAACCGGCGUAGCUGCCGGCGGUGUAGCCGGCGCCGGCACGAGCUACGGCUUCAGCGGUGCCGGCCCGGCGGGGCUUAACACCGAUGCGGCGAACACAGCAGCGUCGCGGCUGUACGCGACGGGGGUGGCGAGUGGCGAGACGUUAGCGGACGCGAUAAUCGACAUUCGCAGGGAGCUGAGUCUCAGCGAUGGUAACCCGCGGCUCGCGAAAGGCCUCGCUGAAUUCUUCGACGAGAUUCUCUCCGAGGAGGAAUCUCAGGAGUUUUUUUUCUUCACGCUGCCCGGAAUGGCCUCCCUCGCUCUCCGUCUCCCGAGGCUCGUCUCGCAGCAGGCUCGGAGCGUGGCUCGGGCAGCCCAAGCCGCAGCGCAAUCCGGCAGCAGCGGGGGCAGCGGAAGCGGCGGAAGCGGGAGCGGAAGCGGGAGCGGGGGGAGCGAGAAGUGGCGGAGGGGGACGCAGAUGACGCUGCAGCUGCUGAGGCCGCAGCAGCCGGGGCUUGUGCUUAUAACGCAGGAGCUUGCAGCGGCGCUAUUGGUGGGAGCGUUCUUCUGCGUGUAUCCGACGGCUGGGCGCGCACAGGAGAGACUACCCGAGAUCAACUUCGACCGCCUCUAUGGAAGUUUAUUGUGUCUGCCCUCGCCCGUGUGUCCCCUUUCGUCCGUCUCGUCCCUCAUGCCCCUCACGCCUUUCGUGACGCGCUUCCGCCCCUCUCGCCCUUCUCACCGCUCUUACUCUCCGCUCUACCCAUGCCCAACCCCUCAUCUGUCGCGCUCACCCAGGGGCAUAUACGAAGGGUCGCCGCAGCAGCAGGAGAAGCUGCGCUGCCUACUGCACUACUUCCGCCGAGUCGUCUCCUCCAUGCCUCAGGGCGCCGUCUCCUACGAGCGCAAGGUGCUGCCCCUCACUGCUGUCACACCCGCCACAGUCACACCCACUGCUGCCGCCCCGCCCGCCCUCCACCCGUUUAAUGCCCCGGGCACUGACACACCAGGCCACCUUAAGCAGCAGCAGCAGGAUGUUUUUGGUUGGGGUGGGGAGGCAGGGGAGGGUGGAGGGCGGGGAAGUGGACACAUAAGACAAGGCGUUGCGGAGUGGGGGAGGCAGCAGGAGCUUUGGGGGGAGCUGGGGGACGCUUCCCCCUCCCCCUGGCGCGGACUUCUGGGGGACAAGGCGGAUUCCGCUCUGCGCCCUGGUGGUGAGUGCGAAGUGCAUGAGCGCGGCACAAUAGAGGCCGACGGCACGGGCUGUCUGCAGGUCGACUUCACAAAUGCCUUUCAUGCCAUGCUCUCACUUCACACCCUCACAAGCCCCCGCCCCUCCUCCUUUUGUUACCUCUCCCUUUCACAUCCACUCCCCCACCACCACCAGGUGCAUGAGCGCGGUACAAUAGAGGACGACGGCACGGGCUGUCUGCAAGUGGACUUCGCCAAUGCUUUUCUGGGCGGCGGCACGCUCGGCUCGGGGUGCGUGCAGGAGGAGAUUCGUUUCGUCAUCUGCCCGGAGCUCAUCGUGGGAAUGCUUUUUCUGCCCGCCAUGGAGAACAACGAGACGAUUGAGAUCGUGGGGCCCGAGCGGUUCAGCAAAUACACUGGCUACGCAGCAAGCUUCAAAUUCGCCGGAGAUUUCAUCGACACAGCCCCGCGGGAUUCCCUAGGCCGCCGCCAGACGCGGAUAGUGGCCAUGGACGCCCUCUCCCACGCAGCAGACCGCCAGUUCCGCAGCUCCUACCUCCUCAGGGAGACCAACAAGGCCUUCUGUGGGUUCCUAGACCAUGCCUCUGCCAGGGGGUUCGCCGGCGGGUCCAUUCUCGCGAGUAAUGACAGUAAUAGCCCGGUGUUUUUGGAGGGUACUGCGCAAAUGUCCCUGUCGAGGGAGUUUUUGAGUGGGGAGGGGGGGGCGGCGGGGGCUAUGUCGGGGUUUAGGAGAGGGGAGAGAGGGGGGAGUGGGAGUGAGGGGGAAGGGAGGGGGAGCGGUGGGGAGGAGGGGGGGAGGAGUUUGGGGGAGGGGCGUGCGGGAGAGGAGAGGAGAGGAGGGGGGAACGAGGGGAUGAUUGUUGAUGGGGGAGGCGUGGUGCCGAGGGGGAGUGGAGGAGGGAGAGGGGGUGGUGGGGGAGGCGGGGGAGGGAGAGGAGGAAUAAGAAGGUACUUUGAGAGGAAAGGGAGUGGGGGUGCGAGGAGAGGGCAGGGGGAGGGUGCAUUUGGGGGGGUAAUGGGGAAUAUGGGUACAGGGCGAGGGGAAGGGAGGCAGGGGAGUGGGGAGGGCAGUAAGGAGGGAAGUAAAGAGGGCAGUGGAGAAGGGGAGAACAGGAGUGGUGAGGGUAGUGGGACGGAGAAGCGGAAUGGGGGGAUGCAAACAGGAGGCGAUGACAGAGGAAAGGGUAGUGGAAGUGACAAUAGCGAAGGGAACCCUGCAGACGCCGCCACGGCUCGCCGCCCGAGUGAAGCAGCACAGCGGCCUGUCAGCAGCAGUGACAAUAACGAGGGGAGGAAGAGCCAGCCAAGCAACAGUGGAAACACGAACAACAGCAGCGGCAACCACAGCAGUGGCAACAACAGCAGCGGGAAUAACAGCACACAAAUGCAAGGCAGUAGCCGGGCCACAGCAGGCACGAGCUCUGGGUCCGAUUCAAGACUUGGGCGAGAAGGGGGAGUGGGCGGGCGAGAUUCGAGUGAGAGUGAGAGAGUGGAGGAGGAGGAAGAGGAGGAUGAAGAAGACGAGGAGAUCGAGGAGGAAGGGGAGGAGGAUGGGUUUGUUAUGGUGGAGAGGGGUGCAGGGAGGUUGGAGGGAGUGCAGGAAGAGUUGGGGGGAGAGAGAGAAGCGGAGCAACGAGGGGGGGUUGAGGGAGAUGUUGCAGGGGCAGGUGGGCUUGUGGUGGGGGGUGGGGAGGGGAGGGAGAUGGAGGUAGAGGGGGAGGCAACCCCAAUGGAGGAGGACUAUAUCGAGGACAAGGCAGCAGACGCCCAGAAGGGUAACGAGGACACGGAGAUGAAGGAGAAGGAAGUGAGAGAAGAGGGGGAGGAGGAGGGGGCGGCACAUGAGAAGCAUGCCCAAUCAGCGAGCCAGGCGACUGGAGAGUCACCACAGCUGGGAAUGGGCAGCGCUAAUAGGGUGUCUGAGCAGACUCCGUCCCCCUCCCUGCCCUUCGUGCGCACUGAUGCUCUGCUGAGUUCAGCAGGAGCUUUGGUGACAUCAGCAGGCGUUGCGGGGGCAGUUUGUUUUCCCUCCAUCUCCCCCCAGGGCACUGGUACUGGGACAGGGACAGGGGGGACUGGCGCGGGCACUGGGGGAACUGGCGCGGGGACAGGGGGGAGGACGUGGGGAUCAGGGGGAGCUACUGGUGGGGGAAGCGGUGGCGCCACAGGGGGAGCGACGGGGGGAACGGGGGGAACUGGGGGAACGGGGGGAAUAGGGGGAAGGGGAGGUGCAGCAGGAAAGGGUGGUGGUGCGGAAGGGGGUGGAGGGAGGGCGGAAGGCAGUGGAAGUGAUACCCCAAGUCGGGCGGCAACGGAUUCUAGCGGGCGGCAUUUGUCUCUUUCUGGGCUGAGGCGGGCCGUGGAGGAGGAGGUGGUUGGGGCGGGCGGCGGGGGAGGGCUUGGGGAGCAUGGGGGGCAGGAGGAGACGGGGAGUCAAAGAACGAGUCCCGGGCAUUCAGCAGCUGCUAACGCUGAGGCUGCUGCAGCAGGGAGAGCAGAUGCAAGGGCAGGACUGGAGCCUGUGGCAGGGGUGGGAGGGGUUGCACGGGGGCCGGGUGCAGAGGCGGCAGGUGAUGCAGCGGGAGCAGCGGCACCAGCCACAGCACUACCAGUAUCAGAGGCAGCAGCAGCAGCAGCAGCAGCGGCGGCGGCGGUGGCGGCUGGGGAAGCCGCAGCAGCGGCAGCAGCAGCAGGGGGCGUGAGGCCGGGGCGACUGAGCCUGACGUCCCAGCACAAUCGCAUGGGCAUAGCGACGGGCAACUGGGGGUGUGGCGUGUUUGGGGGCGACCUGGAGGUGAAGAGCAUGCUGCAGUGGAUGGCUGCUUCUGAGGCCGGCCGCCCCUUCGUGCUCUACUUCACCUACGCUGAUCAUCGCGCUGCUAGGCUCAAAGAGGUGUGUGAGUGGCUGCUGAGGGAGGGGUGGAGCGUGGGCGAGCUGUGGACGACCGUUGCAGAGUACAGCCGGCAGCGACGCGACCACCAGCUGCACCUGCAGGUGCCCCAGCAGCACUCGGACCACCACCACUCGCAGCACGAGCACCACCAGCAUUACCAGCAACAAGAAAUGGAUUACCAGUACCAGCACCAGCACCGCGAGCACCAGCAGCAGCAUCACAAUCAGCAGCAGCAGGGUCAGCAGGGGCACGGGGAGAGGAGGCGGCAGCGGUACGGCACGCCGGUGUCCUUCUUUGACUGGCUCAUCCCCGUGCAACAACGUUCCGCAGGUUCUCCCGAGCCUGACGCCAAGCGUGCCCGCCUGUCCACCUCCGGAGGUUCGUCCCGAGCCGUGUCAUCCCCUCCCCGCACCUCCCGUUCCCUGCAUACCGAACUGCAGUACGCGUUUGAAGACCCGUGCCUCGUGCCUGAAGUGGGCGGGGGAACGAAUGGGCCCAGAAUCAACCAGCAGAGUGGUCAUGCGGAGGGUGGUGAGGGUAUGCGGUGUGGUGGUGUGGCGGAUGGCAGGGAGGGAGAGGGAGGAGGGGGAGGAGCGGGAGGAGGAGGAGGGGGAGGAGGUAGAGGGGGAGGGGUGCAUGGGGAAGUGCCAGGUGGGUUUGAUGCUUGUGUGCGGGACGAGGCACAGGGAGCAGGGUGCAGGGAGGAGGCAGAAGAAGCAGGGCAGCAAAACGAGCAGGCACAGGAAGCGGGGCGCAGAGAGCAGCACGGGGAUGUUGGCGGGCAUAGGGACGCGGUGCAAGGGUGGGAGGAGAGACGCGACAGGGGAGGGCAGGUAGGGCAGCAGGAGGCAGGGCGGGGUGCCCAUGUUCAGGCAUGCCAGGAAGAGGGUGAGGGUGGGGCAGUGGAGGAAGUAGUGGGAGGGCUUGGCGAAGGCGAGAGCGAGGAGGGGCAAGGGGAAGGGCAAGGGGAUGGGCGAUGGGAGUUGAUGGCGCAACAGGGAGAGGUUCCGGUGCUGAAUGGGGAAGCAAGGUGGCACGGGGAUGGGGAUGGCGGUAAGGGCACGGGUGAUGGCAGGGAAGGGGAAAGAAUGCAGGACGAGGAGAAUGAGGAGCAGGAGCAACAGGAGGAGGAGCGGGAGCAGGAAGGGGGGAGAGGAGCGGCCAUGCAUGGCCAGUCGGUGCCCCAUUGGGGAGAGUCCAGUGCUCAGAGCAGCAGACAGCACAGACCGCAGCCUCCACAGCAGCAGCGACAUCAGCCACAGCAGAAUCUGCAGCAGCAGCAGCAGCAGAGGGAGUCAGGCAGUGGGGAGGGAGUGGUGCCUGGAAGCGGUGGGGGGGGAUCUCAGCAGGAGUCAGCCCGGCAAUCAGCCCAGCAGCAGCCUAGAGAGGGAGAGGUGACAACAGCUGCUGCACACGAAACAGAUGAGGCUCGGGCCGAAUCACGGGGUCAGGUACGGGGACUGACUGUGGAAGCGGGUGAAUUGGAAGAAAGGGAUGGAGGGGAGGAGAGGGAGGAGAGGGUGGGGGGCGAUGAAAUUGAGGGGGGUUCUUCUGAUCAGCGUUGCCUGAGGGAGGUGCCUUCUGGGAGUGGCUGGCAAAACGUCUCGUUUGGAGAUGGACGGUCAAGAUCGGACGAUAUGAGUGAUAGUACCAAUAGGGAAGCGGCUAGUAGCGAAGAUAUGAGCAGGUCGCAAGGGAGUGGGAGAGACGGUGGAAGGGCGGGGCGCGGGUUGAGAGGCGGGAAUAGAAGCUGGGGUGGGAGGAGUAGAGGCUCCAGUGAUGGGCAAAGGGUAAUGGGGGAGCAAAUCGACUCUGAUACACCGUCACUUGACAGUCUGGAUGAGGUGUUUCGGGAACGGAUGGGACGAGGCAAUGGGGAAUCUUGA